GCCACUCCCUUCCCUGUCCCCUUCUUCCCUCCCCCUCUCUGUCUCUUUCUCUCUCUCUCUCUCUCUCCCUCCCCUCGAUGGGGUACAGCCUUGAGAACCCGCUUGAUUACUCCGGAGACGAUGGGAAGCUGCUCGUUGCACUUUUCGCCGCCGAGGUCGACCACGAUGCCGAUAUCUCCGACGAGCCCACCGACUCCGUCCGCCGCGACGCCGUCGCCCAGAUUCGCAAGGCCGUGGAGCCGCCGUGCAGCGUGGGUCCGGCCACCGCCUAUCUCGCCGUCACCUACCUCGACAGGUUCCUCACGAAGCGAGUGACCCAGGUAGACGAAGAGCAAUACACUCUCCGGUUGGCAUCGUUUAUGUUUCCAAGAACGGAUCCUUCUUUGGCUUUGUUUCUGUUCCAGGUGAAGCAGCCAUGGUUCGCGGUCUUCCUCUCCCUCGCCUGCCUCUCCCUCGCCUCCAAGAUGCUCGACCACGGGUUCUCCGUCGCCGAGUUCCAAGCGACGCAGCCGUUCCAAUUCAUGCCGCAGACGAUCGAGCGGUUGCAGUACCUGGUUCUUGAGUCUCUGGGAUGGCGGAUGCGAUCGAUCACCCCCUUCGCUUUCCUUGAUUACUUCCUCUCCUCCUUCCCAUCGACAGAUCCGCGUCAGGUCCAAGAUCUCAAGGAUCGAGCCUCCAAGAUUCUGUUCCAUGUCCAAACCGAGGAAAUGCUUUUAGGGUUCAAGCCGUCGGUGAUCGCGGCGUCCGCGCUGCACUUCGCCGCCUUCGACCUGUUCCCCGCCCAAUUCCCCGACUUCAAGUCCGCCGUUAGCUCAUCCUUUGGUUUCGAUCCAGAGAAAAUAAGAGUGUGCCAAGAAAUAAUGAGGAAAGUGAACACGAAUCGCUGUGAUUUAGCGGCGGCGAAGAAGGUUGGGUCGGGUUCCUAGUCACCGCUGGCCGCGAUGGAACAUGGCGGCGAAGGCGACACCAUCCCUGGAUCCGGAUCGGACGGUCAAGAUGACGGGAAAGCCACGUUUCAAAUAGUACCGACAAUAUAAAUAAACAUAUAAAAAGGAAAAAAAAUUACUCAUUUUACUCUUUACUUUUGACACAAAAAAAAAGGUUCAGAAUUUUUGUGUAAUU